CACGAGCAGACCCCAGUGACAGAAACUUCUGGAUUGCGCUGGUGCGCUGUAGAUGCCGCAGGCAGUCAACGGGCGUCAUCGUUUUUCUGUUGUUGUGACGGCCAAACCGGUGAAGCGACCAAUGAGUCAGCAGCAGAUCGGGUUUUCAGCGGUAAUCAUGGCAGUCCCAGUAGCUGCAUUACAACUGAGCACAUCAUCCAGCCCGGCGGUUCUGCUGGAGCACAACAUUCAUAUCAGCGACAGUGAUUUGGGAAGGAUUUCAACUAACAAUGACAGCGACACUCUGCCUUUACAUUCUCCGUGGACUUUCUGGCUCGAUAGAUCUCUACCAGGGACAACAGCAGCUGAAUGUGAGUCAAACCUGAAGAAAAUCUACACGGUAGAGACCGUCCAGAACUUUUGGAGAGUUUACAACAACAUACCUGGUGUCUCCAGCUUGCCGCUGAGAUGUAGCUAUCAUCUGAUGAGAGGAGAAAGAAAACCACUCUGGGAAGAAGAAAGCAAUGCCAAAGGUGGCGUCUGGAAAAUGAAAGUACCCAAAGAAUGCACUUCUGUAGUGUGGAAGGAGUUUCUUCUGGCUACUAUUGGAGAACAGUUCAGUGAUUAUUGUGCCUCAGAGGAUGAAGUCGUCGGAGUCAGCGUCAGCGUAAGAGACAGAGAAGAUGUCUUUCAAGUCUGGAAUGGAAAUGCUUCCUGUGCUAACGAGUCAAACAUCUUAGGAAGAAUCCACGAGCUCCUUCCACAAAUACCUUUUAAAGCGGUGUUUUACAAACCACACGAGGAGCACCACGCUUUUGAAGGAGGUCGAUCAAGACAUCAGAACCCUUAGAUAUAUGUGUUCUGUUUUUUGUCGUUGUUGUUUUUUGUUUUUGUCAUUUUGUUUAUGUUUUAGAUUAUAUUUGGGCACAUUUUGAAGCAGUUGAGGUCAUAGUUGCUUAAUGUGUCAUCUUAAUUACCUCAGAUUAUAGCCCAUUUGUCAUGACUUUUGGCUGAUGGAAUUUUCCAUCUUCUGAGCACUACUGUCAUUCAUAACAAUAUCAAAAAAUACUUUUAUCUUAGUCAAAAGCAAAAACCAUUUUAGUUUCAUUUUAUAUAUGGCAGUGUUUGUAUGUUUUUAUACUGCAGAAUUUUACAAAACCAAAAACAGCAGAUCAUAUACAGCCAGAUUUUUUUGAUGUAUUGUAGUAUACUAGAUCUUUGAAUUAAAUAUCAUUUUUGGAUCUAAGAGGAGGCCUAGUUAAACAAACCUUUAUUGUAACAAUGCAUUACAAAGCUUUUGUACACAGCUCUUUUGUCUGUUUUGUAUGUUCCAGCCAAAAUACUGUUGCCUAUACUGGAGAAUUUAAACUUUUAGUACGCUGUAAUGCUAAAACAUGAGCAGAGAAUUGCACAUUUCUUUUUUUUAUUUUAUUCUUUAAGAUAUGAGUGGGUGGUGAAAGGAAUAUGUUCUUAUUACAAUACAGUGACCUCAGUAAGCAAAACAUCGCAAGUAGAUGCUGAGAAAUAUAUGCAAUCAUUUUUAUUCUGUAACGUUUGCAGUGUUUUGGUUGUCAUUUUGUGUAGGAAUCUGUCCUAAAUCAAGCACUUUGUUUUAUGAAAGACACCAGACAGUCCUUCCAGGAUUAUAUGGAAUUAUGAUAACUGAGACCAAAUCCUUUUGGGUUUUGUGUCAGCUUUUCUGAUGAAGUGUAAAGGUGUUUCUGUUCAUGUUGUUAUGGCUUUCUUUUAGUACCUGAGAAGCAUAGAUGAGAAAGUUGAAAUUAUUUGUUUUUAUGUAUUCGUAUGGCCUGUGUUAAAAAUUGGGGAGUAUGCUCUUUGGAGAUAAUAUGAACAGUAAACACAUGAGACAUGGAAAUGCACCACUUGGAGGAACACUGAACAAAGAUGUUGCUCUAAAUCUCACUUUCCCAGAGGGACAAUUUUAGUGUAUUUGUACAAGUCACGGGUGUUUGUUGAGGUGAUGCAACCACUGCAGCAGGGUCAAAUCUGUCGAGUUAAUCAGAGAUGUUUUACUGCUUCUAUACCAAUAUGAUUUCGGUGUCCUAUACAUAGCUUUCAAGUUCUUGUUUUUUGUUUUUGGUUUUUUUUUUUUUGCUGUGGUCUUAUGGUGUAAAAGGCUGUAUUUGUGUUAUUGAAAAUCGCUGAAAUUUGAAAUUUUAGAAGUGAAACCAUUAAGGCACCUUUCCCAUAUGCUUGUGUGUGACAGAAUGUGUGAGUGAGGAAGUGACAGACUAUUCUAGGCUGCGUAUUAUAGAGCAGACAUCUGAAUCUGAGUUUUCUCUGUCGCUAUGGAGUAUGUGUUGAAACCCACAGAAAGGCUGCUGCUACGACUUCUCAGACAGUUCAGAUGUGUCUGAUAAAGAAUAUUCGCAGGCGGAGGUAGUUUUUCAGAGCACCAACUUUGCAGAACUUGCUUUAUUUUUCUUUUAUUCUCCUGUUGUUUGUGUAAUGAUGUUAUAAGCACACACUGUAGGUUAAGAGGAUAGAAAUACUGUACAAUUGCACAUGCACAGUUGACCACUCACUUCAGAUCUCAGACCUUGUAACUCAUUGUUGAUCUUGGAUGGUGCCUUGUGUUUACCAGCAGUUUAGAAUGUCAUCUGUGGUCAGCAUGUUGGACUUGUACAUAGUUGUGUUUGUCUGUUAGUUUUACAUGUGUACAAGAAAUAAAAUCACCUAAACUUUCA